AUGUCUAUGCCGACAAGGAGGAUCGCUAACACCGAUGUAUCGACCAUUGGGUUUGGCGCAAUGGGUAUUGGCGGCGUGACCUUCGGCCCGACGGGAAUGACCUUGGACGAGCGUCCUGCUGUUCUGGACCGUGCCUAUGACCUUGGUUGCGCUUUUUGGGACACGGCGAACGUCUACGGAGAUUCUGAGAUCCUCAUCGGUGAAUGGUUUAAACAGAAUCCGGAGAAAGGACGCAACAUCUUCCUUGCCACCAAGUUCGGAUUCGUUGUUGAUGAGCAUGGCGUAACACUAGACCUCAGUCCAAAGGCUGCAAGAGAGUGUUGCGAUAAGUCCCUCAAGAACCUCGGGGUGGAUUACAUUGAUCUCGUGGAUCCCAAGGUUCCUAUCGAAAUUACCGUAGGUGCCAUGGCCGAUCUCGCGAAGGAAGCGUAUAAUGUGUAUCCCAUUGCCGCUGUGCAGCUGGAAUACGCACCCAUCACCCUCGAUAUGGAGAAUCCCCAAGUUGGCAUCCUGUCUACCUGUCGGGAACUGGGCAUCGCGGUAGUUCCUUGGAGCCCUUUGGCGAAGGGUGUUCUCAUUGGACAAUACAAAUCGCCCAACGAGUUCCCUGAAGGUGACUUGCGGCGUUUCACACCUCGAUUUUCUGCAGAGAACUUCACGAAGCUCCUGCGGUUGUGACGCGUUGAAGACUAUGGGCGAAAAGCACGGUGCGACAGCAGGGCAGAUCGCUCUCGCAUGGAUCCUCGCUCAGGGCCCGGAGUUCCUCCCCAUCCCAGGGACGAAAUCAAUCAAGGUUUACACCCUGUUCCUGAUUACCGAAUACGCUAGUCUAAUCAGAGGAAGUAUCUCGAGGAAAACGUCGGUGCGGCUUUCGUCAAACUCUCGAACGAGGAGGUCAUGGAGAUCCGCCGGCUGUGUGAGGAAAGCGGGGCGAACG